GUUCCAAAGUGAUAAAACGUCAAACGAUUUAAUUACAUCUUAUUGCAAAAUUUUUCAAUUGUCGUCCCAGUUUGAGAAUGUGUUUCAGAAAAUCCGAAUUUUCAUCAGAGGUUAAAAUUGCUACCCUUUUGAUAAUACUUUAUCUAACAGAUUAUGUGUCAGGAAACUGCCUCAAAUACGGUCAUGCUUGCUGGGGAGCACACGGUAAACGAAGCGGCAGUCGCGACACGCCGUUCAGGGACGAUCCCGCAACGAAAGAUAUCGUCAUACCGAAAUGGUUCUUGUCGAAAAUGAUGCAAGACCCAAUGGAUUUGCACUACAUGCAUAACAGAGAGCAAGAACCUUCAUUUAAGCAACAUCCGGAGCAACUUUUCAGCGGCAACGAUGCGGAUGCCGAUGCUUUUAAAGCCUUGGAGUCUUAUGAUGGAUUCGACGAUGGACUUUCCUCAGACGGAGAUUUUGAUGAUUCAUUUGGCAAAAAAGAAUCAUCAUUUAACAGCAAGAAACCAUCUAAGCUAAUCCUGAAAAAACGAUCGACAUAAUUUAAUUAGCCGUAAGUAUCAGCCAUCCUCCCGUCAACCUCUCUAGUUCACGUCCAAGUUCAUUUACCAUUAUUAUCAAGAAAACCAUCAGUGUAUGUUGUAUAGGCUGGAAAUAGCAUACACUGGGGGUGUUUGGUUGAUGUACACUUCUAUAUUAUUGUAAAGACUGUAAAUGUUAUGUUAUGCUUGUUUAUAAUAAUUAUUUAUUGAAAUGA